UUAGACUUGCAAUACAACUUCCCAAGACCCAUACUCCCCAUUGUAGUGUUUCUUCCCAUUCUUGAAAAACAAUGAAUUAUGACAGAUAUGAGAAAGGAUACGCAAACAUGAAGCUGGUGGUAAAAGAAGAAGAUUAUAUGUUUGCACCUGUUGAAACCUAUGACAAGGUGUUUGGCAAUGCUGAAGUUUUCAAGGGUUAUUCAAAUAUGGGGCAAACUGAAGAUAAUAUGUUCGAACAGAACAAAUUUUCAGGUGAAUAUGCCGACGUUGCCAAAGGUUAUUCAAACAUGAGACUGACUGAGGAUAAUAUGCUCCAACAAAACAGAUUUUUAGGCGAAUAUGCCGAAGUUGCUAAGGGUUAUUCAAAUAUGAGGCAAAAUGAGAAUAAUAUAUUCUCACGAAACAGAUUUUUAGGGGAAUAUGAAACCAAUAACAAGGUGUAUGCUACUGCCCAAAUUGUUGCAAAGAUACCUGUAAGCGUGAGCCAGACAGUCUCGUAUGGACCUUGGGGUGGUAAUGGUGGAGUGCAAUUUGAUGAUGGACGCUACACAGGUGUGCGCGAGAUUCACUUGGCGCGCACUGGUGGUCUUGUUUCCAUUAAAGUUUGUUAUGAUCUCAAUGGCCAAGCUAUAUGGGGAAACAAGAAUGGUAGAAAUGGAGGAUUAACAGUGGAAAAGAUAAGAUUUGAAUACCCGCAUGAGGUCUUGACUCACAUAAGCGGAUACUAUGGUUCAGUAAUCUUGAGAGGACCUACUAUUAUUAAAUCCAUAACAUUUCACACUAACAAGAAAAAGUAUGGACCUUUUGGAGAUGAACAGGGGAUUCCAUUUUCCUCUGCCUCAAAAGAUGGGGUUAUUGUAGGAUUCCAUGGGAGAAAAGGAUGGUUUGUGGACAGUAUUGGAGUCCAUGUCUUGGAAGGAAAACUGUCACAACCUCGUCCUCUUUCUGAGCAGGUUGUUUCUGGGCCAGUGCAAGGACCAGGUCCAUGUGGACAAGGAGAUCUCACGGUUGGAAUAGUGAAAAAACCUGCUCCAUAUGGACCAGUGGGUCUCCGAGCAGGAAUGGUGAAAGAACCAGCUCCAUGUGGACUAGGGCCAUGGGGUGGGGAUGGUGGUCAGCCAUUUGAUGACAAGGUGUUCACUGGGAUCAAGAAGAUUUUCCUUACCAAGGGUGAAGCCAUUUAUUCUAUUCAGAUGGAGUAUGAUUGCAAUGGCCAAUCCAUUUGGUCAGUUAAACAUGGAUGUGGCAAUGAGGGCACCCCUCAUCUGAUCCAAUUUGAGUACCCGCAUGAAUUCCUUACUUGCAUAAGUGGCUAUUACGGCUCUGUUGCUGGAGAUGAAUGUAGAAAAGUGAUCAAGUCUCUCACGUUCUAUACAAAUAGGAGGAGGUAUGGACCAUAUGGGGAGGAGAGUGGCACAUAUUUCACUUCCACAAAGGAUGAAGGAAAGAUAAUUGGGUUCCAUGGAAGAGCUUCCUCUUUCCUAUAUGCCAUUGGAGUCCAUAUACAACCCUCGUUGAGUGAUCGAGUCUGCAGGGAACCCAAAGGGUGCCCACCACAGUACCAGUUCAAUUUUUACCAGACUUGCAAUACAACUUCCCUCGUCCCAUACAUCCAUUGUAGUGUUUCUUCUCAUUAUUGGGAAACAAUGAAUUAUGAAGGGUAUAACUCAUAUGAGAAAGGAUACGCAAACAUGAGACUGGUGGUAGGAGAGAAUGAUGAGGACUACGCAUUUGCUCCUAAUAACCGAGUUUUCAAUGAAUUUGAAACUAAGAAUAAGGAGUUUGGCACUACCGAAGCUUUCAAGGGUUAUUCAAAUAUGAGGCAGACUGAUGAAAAUAUGUUCCAACAAAACAAAUAUUCAAGCGAAUAUACUGAAGUUGCUAAGAGUAAUUCAAACAUGAGGCAGACUAACAUGAGGCAGAUUGAGGAUAAUAUGUUUCAACAAAACAGAUUUUUAGGCGAAUAUGGUGAAGUUGUCAAUGGUAAUUCAAACAUGAGGCAAACUAACAUGAGGCAUACUGAGGAUUAUAUGUUCCAGCCAAAAAGAUUUUUAGGUGAAUAUGCCGAAGUUGCCAAGGGCUAUUCAAAUAUGAGGCAAAUUGAGGAUAAUAUGUUCCCACCAAAUAGAUUUGUCGGGGAAUAUGUAACCAAUAACAAGGUUUAUACUGGUACUGCCCAAAUUGCCAAAGGAUCCAAGGUUGUGUCAUGUGGACCUUGGGGUGGCCCUGGAGGAAUGCAAUUUGAUGAUGGAUCAUGCUAUACAGGCGUGCGUGAGAUUCAAUUAACACGCUCUGGUGGUCUUUUUUCCAUUAAAGUUUGCUAUGAUCGCAAUGGCCAAGCUAUAUGGGGAAACAAGAAUGGUGGCAAUGGAGGACUGACAUUGGAAAAGAUAAGAUUUGAAUAUCCAAAUGAGUUCUUGACACACAUAAGUGGAUAUUAUGGAUCAUUAAUCUUAAGGGGACCUACAAUAAUCAAAUCCAUCACAUUUCACACAAACAUGAAGAAGUAUGGACCUUUUGGAGAUGAACAAGGGAUCCCUUUCUCCUCUGGCUCAAACGAUGGGAUUAUUGUAGGAUUCCAUGGGAGACAAGGAUGGUUUAUUCACAGCAUUGGAGUCUAUGUUAUGGAAGGAAAACCGGCACUACCUCGUCCUCCUAUUGACACAUUCAACAUGGGUGGCAUGAGAAUUCCCGAGGUUGUUUCUGGGCCAAUGCAAGGACCAGGUCCAUGUGGACAAGGGGUUGGAAUGGUGAAAAAACCAGCUCCAUAUGGACCAGUGGGUCUCCCAGCUGGAAUGGUGAAAGAACCAGCUCCAUGUGGACUAGGGCCAUGGGGUGGGGAUGGUGGUCAGCCAUGGGAUGACAAGGUUUUCACUGGGAUCAAGAAGAUAUUCCUUACCAAGGGUGAAGCCAUUUAUUCUAUACAGAUAGAGUAUGAUUGCAAUGGCCAAUCCAUUUGGUCAGUUAAACAUGGAUGUGGCAAUGAGGGCACCCCCUAUCAGAUCCAGUUUGAGUACCCUCACGAAUUCCUUACGAGCGUAAGUGGCUAUUACGGCUCGGUUGCUGAAGAUGAAUGUAGGAAAGUUAUCAAGUCUCUCACAUUCUAUACAAAUAGGAGGAGGUAUGGACCAUACGGGGAGGAGCGUGGCACAUAUUUCACUUCCACAAAGAAUGAAGGAAAGAUAAUCGGUUUCCAUGGAAGAGCUGCCUCUUACCUAUAUGCCAUUGGAGUCCAUAUACAACCCUUGUUGAAUGAUCGAGUUAGCAGGGAGCCCAAAGGGUGCCCACCACAGUACCAAUUCAAUUUUUACCAGUAAUGUGUGUGUAUGGACUAUGGAGUAUGCACUAGAAGCCAAGUGAUUGGCCCAAAAUAAUAUUCUGAAAGUGUAAAAAUGAAAAGACUUACUAUGUAACUGACUCAAGUAUUGGAACGUGUAAUGAAUAAAUUUACUACUCCGGAUUUUAUAUGCCUUUUA